AUGUCGAAACUCAUGUUUCAGGAUGUUAUGGCAGAACCAUACGAACAUUGGGGUGAUCACUCGUCCAGCUCUUUGGGAACACAUCGGCCGAUGGAAGAAAUAUCAAACGAGUCUGGUUACUCAGAGGUUGAGUCUUCUGGCACAGAGCAGUCUUUUUGUACUGCCUAUGCCACUAUAUCUCCUACAGCUAAGAAAGUACCUAGGAAGAUAUCGAGGAAAAGUCGAUUCGUCGAACAGUUUGGCAGCCUCAAGCUGACCAAGGCAAACCUUCAUGCGUUAGAGGCUAGUCACAAUUGCAUAACUGCUAAGCUGGCUACUCCCGUGGAAAGAGAGAUCCGUUUUCAAUCAUCACCAUGUGGAAAAGCAUUCUUUAUCCCUCGCAAGCCACUUCCAGAAUCCGCGCGAGAGAUACUUCAGAAGAUAAGAGCCGAAACCAUCAUUCAACAUGACGAACCACCAAUUUCAGAGUCUGACAAUAGCCCAUGUCCUCCUCGCUUGAAUGCCGCCUUUGAGGACUUUUUGCCAUACCACCAGCUGCGAACCUGGCAGCAAGACGAUAAUGAGGAACGGCAGCGUCAACGUGCACGAUCCCUGUCUGCUGUUGCGUUCGAAAGUAUGAAGAAAUUCAACUCAGGUUGCGACAAUUUAUCAGUUCAGGGUAAGAAGACUGCGAAUCAGCUGAAAGAGGUGAUCAAGCAUCGUAUGCUUGACCAUGAAAAAUAG